CCGCCGGAGCGCGGAUCCUCGGAGCAUCCUGUUGCGUUGUACGGGAGGAGCUGAGCCCGAGGGAUGAUGAGCUCCUCGCUCGGAACAAUGGCUGCGCUGCCGAGGCUGCUCUGCGCUUCUUCGGCCGCUUUGGUCGUUUGGGCUGGUUUUUGUUCUGCAGUAUGUGUUGAAGUUCCAUCAGAGACAGAGGCAGUCCAGGGGACGGACAUGAAGCUGCUCUGCAUCUCCUGCAUGAAGAGGGAAGAGGUCACAGCCAGCACAGUGGUGGAAUGGUUCUACAGGCCGGAGGGUGGCAAAGAUGAACCCAUCUACGAGCACAGGAAAAUGAAUCACGAGUUUCCAAGCCGCUUCAGUGGUCGGAUACAAUGGAAUGGAAGUAAAGACAUGCAGGAUGUAUCCAUCACUGUGUUAAAUGUCACCUUGAAUGAUUCGGGUAUCUACACCUGUAAUAUCACCCGGGAGUUUGAGUUUGAGAUUCACCGGCCUCUCUUCACAAGCUCCAGAUUGAUCCACCUCACCGUGGUGGAGGAGGCUGGAGAAGACUUCACCUCAGUCAUCUCUGAAAUCAUGAUGUACAUUCUGCUGGUCUUCCUCACCUUGUGGCUACUGAUAGAAAUGGUCUAUUGCUACAGGAAAGUCUCUAAGGCAGAGGAGGCUGCCCAGGAAAAUGCGACAGACUACCUUGCAAUUCCAUCAGAAAACAAGGAAAACUGUGCUGUGCCUGUAGAGGAAUAACAGAGAGGUAUCUGCAGAGUGCACAGCACCAAGGGGCUCUGAAGACAGAAGGAUCACGUCAUGCCAGCCAGGUUUGAGGGGGAGCUCUACGCCAUCAGGAGGAAAUACGGGGAAGUGUAAAUUCUCUUCCAUUUGCCUUGGACUCUGUACAGCCUUGACUUUGGCCUCAUGACUCCAUUCUGAGCUGCCAGCCCAUUUGUUACAGGACUCUCCUUUUGAAGCAUGCUGAGCAAAGGGCACAGGGGGUGUGGGCAGCACGGCUCCUUCCCAAGUUUCAGUUCCAUCAUCACGUUAAUGGCUUUGUAACUGUUAAUGUCAUUUCUUAGCUGCUAUCACCACCUUUAUUUGCAAAAUAUGCUAGUUCUCCAUUGCAGACAUAAAGGGUAUGUGUAUUGUUACUCUGACCUGCAGGACUGGGAAUAUCUUCAUCUUAAGGUGAUGAUGUUCCACCACAGCCCAGGAUGUGACUAUAGGUGUUAAACAGGAAGAGUUUAAUUAGUGUAGUUGUUGCUCAGUAAGUUCCUUUGGACUUUGGGCUGCCAGGGUAGAUGCAGAGUAGCAUGAGAACUAUAAAUGCAUUCAAACAGAUAAAAAUGUGUAGCAGAAAGAUGAGUCCCUGUGCUAUGGUCACACCUGCUUCUGAAGGAGGGAGCUGAGAAUAUAAAUCCUGAAGUACUCCUAAUUUGGGAGGCUGCAUAACCAGGUUUACUCCUCCAGCAUACAGAGACACAGUGAUAGGAAUAACCUGUGGAGCCGUGUUCAGCAACCACAGGGGAGCCAGUAAGACAAGGUAUGCCUUUAACAUAUUUCUGGGGGAUGCUCUGAAAGGAAGAACAGGCAAGGAAAGUAACUAGGAUGCAUAGCCCUCUGAGUGGGACACGGCUUUGUAAAAUAAUCCUUGCAAUUGUGAUGGUCGUCUUAUACUGUAUUGCAGCACCACCCAGAGGAAUAGAAAGAAAAUGCUCGUUUUUCCCUAGUCUGCAGUAAUUCUGUUUUGUGAUUAGUCACCGAUUUGAGUAGUCAGUAUUCAUUGUAAAUGACACAUUUCUGCACAGGAAAUACCCUGUAAAUUCAAUGGCACCUAUGCAAAUUUACCUUCUCAAUCUUAGUGGCUUAAGCAGAGUGCAAUUAGUUUGCUGGCUUCGAGUGCAGAUCACUUGAGCACAACCACCAGGAUUAUGAGGGGAAAAACAGGCAGAAAUAUUGGCCAGGGCGAAGUUGUACUUUAGGAUGAAGUGGGGAAAGAUUGAGGGGUUUUUUUUCGUAUGGGAGAUGUUGUUACAUCCCUGCUGCAAUGGAGCCUUUAUUGCUUGCAAGAGCUGACAAAUUUUGCUACACCGACUGCUUCUAAGUACUCUGAAGUGCUUGUGAAUCUCAAGGCAUGCUCUGUACAUACGGGAUUUCCCCUGCUUAUGUUCUGCUGCAGUUUGUGUUGCUAAAAACCAUAGAAAUGUCUCCAUUUGUAAGUCAGGUCCAGGCCGGAUUUCUAACUGGCCGUUGUUCAAAAUUCCCUUUUUAAGAGCAAGUUUCAACUUUAGCCAGCUGUUACAAUGCAGUUCACAGAGCUGAGUCUGGCAACCUGAGCACGUUUUGCAGCUGAAUCACGCUUGUAGUCUGGGGCACCUUAAACUCUAAUACCCCCAAAUGCCUCCUCUUCUCAUUCUGCUGGGUGUCUUCAUUUUCCCUAGGCCAUCUUGCCUGGCCUCAGGGCAUUUGGGGGCAUAAUUCUAACUCUAGAUCCACAGAAACAGAGGAGCUGGCCCUGCAGUUUCCGUCGCUGAUCAUGGCACUAACACCCAGGGUGAUUUUUAGGUAAGGCCAUUAAACCCCUCUCCCACUUCAGCUGUGUUCCUCCCAGCCCUCGUGAAGUGCUGAUAACCUUCUGAUGGUACAACGUUGAGCCAAAAGAAAACCAAAAAAAGGUGUAAACAGUUUCUUGAGAGCUACCUCGGGUGGUAAGGGAGGGCUGUCCUGUAGUCCUGCACCUUGUGCUAUUUUACACACAUCUUCUUUAGAUGCUUUUUUGGACACAUCUUUCACUUUUCCAAUUCCUGCAUCUGACUAUUGCCCUGUGUUGUCCUAGAUGGGAAAAUGGUGUCUAAAUUUUGCUCAGGAUUCCCACAGUGAAAAAAAAAGGUUGGUGUAUUUCAAGGGCAGCAUUAAAGGCAGGUUAUGUCCUGGUUGGGAUCUGAAGAGACCUUCUCUGUGUAUCUGGAAAUGAUAGAAAAGCCUAGAAGCAGGCAGGACAAUAAAAAGAACAAAGCACUCACAAGUCACACUGUGGUUUGAUAGACUUUUUUGUUUAAUUUAUACCGUACUUCCAUUGUUCUAGCUACUUACAUGGAGUUUUGGCUGCAUAGCCUUUACAGUUCCUAGGUUCUAGCAGGUAAGUUUCAUCAUCAUUUUCUCGCGUUUUGCGCACAGCGCAAACCUGAUGACAGUUAAACAACUCCUAAAACAAAACCACGGGUCCUCCCCCGGCCCACCCUGAAGUUCACAUCACUGCUGCAGGCUGUGGCCAACAGCCUCUGCUUCCCGGGUGCUGAUAUCCAGAAGGGAAGCCCACACCCAUGGGUGUCGGUGUGACCGUUUCCCUCGCCUCGCUGACAAGAGGAGAUCCUCAUUCAUCUGCCAUUAAGGGCAGCAAUUGGGGGUUGCAGGAUCUGGGGCUCAGGUGGGCAGAACACACUCCAGGGUGUUUAGCAGCUUUACCCAGCCCUGGAGCAUGUGAUGAGAUGAACUGCUGUGAGAGUGACGACGUCCCAGAGGUGCCACAGCCACACAGUGCCAGUCCUGGUGGUCAGAGAUGUACGCUGCGAUGGUUCUGCUGCUCCUCCCUCUGCUCUGAGCUCGUCGGGCCAAGAGCCAGGUUAGUGCUGCUGUAUCUGCUCUGCUAAGUGCUAUUUCAAGGGAGGUGGGCUUGCAAAGACUGGAAUGCACAUGUGUGGCGCAGUCUCCACCUCUUCGCUGGGUAGAGCUGUUUUGCAACAGCCGUUCUCCCACCUCCUAAUGCUGCUGGGGCAGUUUGGGCCGAGUCUGAGACACGACCAAGCAGCUGUAGAACCUGAGCUGCACAUUUGUUUUAUUCCCUACCGAUUCUUGGAGUUUGGGUUGGGGAAGGGUGGCCAUUUAACGUUAGCAAUGGAAUUGGCCUACAUGAGUGAGGUAACAGAAACGGCCAGAGGAGGUUACCUCCCUGAGCCAUGUGCAAAUAUCACUCCUUCCACAGAAGGAAGUCUUUUCCCUACUGAAAAAUAAAAUAAGGAAACAAACAAAACACAUUCGCUUAAAGGGCAAACAGACAGCAUCAAGGGAAGGCAAGCAGGGACAGCACCAGGUCAGUCCAUCCAUGACAAAGGGAAUGAUUGUCUGGCAGCAGAGGUGUGUGGGAGAGGAAAAAGCCAUAGCAAGCGCUGCGAAAGGUGUGGGAGGGGGAAGCAUGGCACACCAGGAUCCAUGCAGAGGUUGAAGCCCAUGCUGUCUGGCUAGGUCAGGGAAUAAUCUCAGUCGGCAGUCAGUAAAGACAUGAGGAUAUUAUUUGGCCAGUGUGCACAUCUAAAAAAGAAAGGUAUUAUGGCACAAAGAGACUCGUGCAGGGGAGGGUGCAAAGCACAGAGAUCAGAGCAUGCCAGGCAGAGGGAACGGGCCAAAUAGGCAGCACAGUUACACCUCAGCAACUACGCUGACACGAAUGUUUUGCAAGCUACUUACCUCGGGUGCUUUGGUUUAAGAGUCUCUGUUUUGAGUAUUGUUUUUAAGCAAGCCCCUACUGGAUAUUUAAACUAGUGCUGAGACUGAAAAGACCAAGCCAGAAUCUACACAAGCCCACCACAAAACCUCUCAAUGGCAGCAGACCCUGUGAGCACAUACCUCAAAGUUUUGCCAACACAGUUCUGCCAGCUGCCCUGAGAAACAUGACAGAAUUGCCCCUCCUGCCCCGAGCCAGCAAUGCUGUGAGCACCAAGCACUGCAGCUUCAGUUCUGUGCCACUUUCAGCAUUCUGUGGAACCAGAAAUUUCUAGCUUUUAAAUUAGAAAGUCGUCAACCUGCUGUUCUGGUUGGGAAAAGGAAACUUAGAGCUGCCUGGUUGUAUGCUGGAAAAUGGUUAGUUUGGUACAUACCUCACCUGGGAGCAAGCAUGGGAAUGCAACUAGGGAUGUUCUUACAGAGAAGAGCAUGGCCUCUUCGCAGUGGUAGCAGAGUAGGACUCAGCAUGUUAGUUAGCCACAUGGUAAGAAGGAAUACCUACUGGGGUCAGAGCCUCUUCCCAGGUCACUGUAAUAGACCUGGAGACCAGCAUUCACAGAGGAGUUUGUAUACGUGUGAACUCGCAUUCUAACUUGAUGUAAAUCAACUCUAUGUAAAUGAACCCAAGAGGAAGAAGAGUCCCAAAAGUUUUCCCACUCUUGAGUAGUAUGGAGAGAACCACCUCAGCCUGGAGCUCCUUCCUGGUGCUGGGGGGGGAUACAAGCUGCAGGCUGCUCUGUCUCCUCUAUACAGGUGCUUCUGAAAUACAGAUCUGAGAAGGCAAAGCUAGCAGGAAAGGAAGAGGGAUAAAGGCCAUGUGGCAAGGAAGGGCUGCACUCAGCACAGCCUGCACAUAUGCACUUCUGAGUAGCACUUCUUACAUGCAGCCAAAAUAUGAGGCUUGCAGAUGUUUCUUUUACUCAGCUUUGGUGUACUGCAUGCCUACCUGUCACAGAAAUCAUUGCAGAGCAUAUCCAAAAGGUCUCAUCUUAAGUACUGGCACUGUGUUCCCAGUUGCAGAUUGGAAAAUGAACUUUCUACUGGCUCCUAUAAAGGUGGGUAAAAGCAUAUAUGGGUAGGCUACAUAGUUUUGUGCUGAGGGGAUGAGCAGGCUGAAGUCUGUCCCCAUCUACAUCCAGGUGAGCUCCUGAAACAAAUGGUCUGUCUGAAGGGGAAAGUGCUCAAAUUCACCUUGAGCUCAUCCCAGAUGCCAUAAUCCAAACAUUUCCUUCUAGGUAAUCAUUAAAAGGUAUGUGUUUAUUAAAAUCCUAUCAAGCUAGGAUUAGUGAUGUAUUCUCCUACAGAAGCAGGUGACAUAGACAAACUGGCAAGUAGAGCUUCGUCAUCUCCCUCCUGCUGAUAGGUAGCAUCUUACUUGGCACAAAUCAGGCCACUCUGUUGGCAUGAAUGCUCACAUUUGGCUGGAGCCAUGUUUCUUUGACAGUCUCUUUUGUAGCUGCCAAAAUUCAGCACAUCCAAACCAGCUCCACUUGCUGGACAGAUUAUUUAUGUCAAACAUGUUAAACUCAGUUUAAUCUGCAGGUAAAAUGAACAGUAGUGCUAAUGAACAGCUGCCUGUGUGUAACAUUAAUUUGUCUUCAAGCCCAAGCCCGAGGAAGCUGUACCAGUGGGAACAGCCAGAAUCACCGCAGUCUGCGGAGAUGCUGCAGAGAAAGGAGGAUGCACCAAUGAGCAAAGGGAUUUCUUGCCUCCAUAACUAGCAAGAGAAUGUGCCAAUUAGAGCAAGAGACCAAUGGACACAUGAGACCUGCACCAUUUCUUGUGGGGAACACACAGCUGAUUCCUCCCUGCCAUCUAGGAGGUGGACAUGGCCUGGUUCUGAACAAAGGUUCUGGACAAAGAUGGAGACUUGAGCACAUCACCUAACCUACCGGGUUGGCUCAGAAGUAAAGAUGAGAGCUAAGAGGUACAAGCAAAAGGAUCUCGCAGACCAGGGAUGAGAGGCUGGCCAGCAUGGCAGCAAAUUGCAUUUCUGCUCCAAGAGACGUAGAAGAUGAUUGCCAGGGAGACCCGCUCUCCACAGACCUACAGCAAUUCCUCUGGAAGCCUCCUCUCCAAAUGGGGGAUCAUUUUGUAAGGGAUUGACGGUGAUUGCCAAAACCUCUCUGCCCUGAAGCCAGCAAGUGGAAACGUUUCCGUUUCUCCUCUGGAUCUGACCCGAAGUCCCGGGACCCGAUGCCAUUCUGGAGAUUUAUUAGUGAAUCCUUCAUCUGCAAGACAAGAAACGUCUCCAAUGUGCUACCCUGAAGGUGACAGCACUUUGGGAUUUCCUUCCUCAUCGGUGCCUCCUCCAUCCAUCUAAGUAUUGAUACAAUAAACAUCUGUUUUUUGGGACUUGUGUAGCAGGGCUGGGCAACCGACAGGGCAAUCAGGAGGUGGGAGCCAGUGAGGUAACAAAUAAGGGUCGAGCAGAGUGAUGCACAGGGUAACAGGCACUCACCUUAGGGAACAGCAGCUUCUUUCAUUUAUGAAUACCAUUCCAAGCUGCCUGGUGUCUUAGCUGUUCUUGAGGGAAUGGGUUCUAAAACGGCUGCAUCUGUGCUGUGUAGGGCCUGUGCCUUUGUCCCUGUAAGCUACAUACGACCCCAGAGUCAAGGAGAAAAAUUCUGCAUUGCAAACAGUGUGCCAAGGUCUUUAUAGCACCCUCUCAGAUGCCAGAGACUAGAUACAAGCUGUGUUGUCUAAUAUAAGGCUUUGGCCUUGCAGGAUUUUCUCCUUGACUUGUCUGGAUGCCUGUGAGAUGAUAGAGAACCCAUCUGUAUAGCCCUUGGGACCUCCUGCCCAACCCAGUGGCAGAAGACUGACUUAAAGGGAGAUGGGACAGAGGCAAUGCACCUGAUGGGCUGCAGUGGUCCAUGUAAGGCUGAGGGAUUGCAGGUGAUGGGCUGGGAGGACACGGUGACUGUCUGCUCACAGUGCUGCUAGGAUGUGUGGUCUCACCUGGUCUAGAAGCAUCACAGAGGAUUUGAUGAUCUCACGCCAUUUUUGUAGCUCUGAAUCAUGAUACUUCUGCUGAGAUUCUAGUAACUGGGCCCAUUCUGUCUGUGACUGGGGUAACCUGCCAAGCAGAAUAGGAGCAGGAGUGAAUCUGGGGAAACUACUUAGGCAAGGAUGAGCAAAGUGGACCAGCAGGUGAGGGGGUGGUAGAUAGCAUCAGUGUCUGUUAAAUCCUCACACUUGAAAGAAGCAAAUUCUCUUAACAUUUGCCUAUCACUGCUACCUUAACUGUGGUAAUUAGGAGCAAAGGUGUCUUUUGCAGAAGAGCUGUAGUGUGUUGGAACCAAAUGCCUAUGUGCCAGGGGGGCAGUGUGCUGUCACUGCCUGGGAGAUGAGUACAGCAGGACGUAGCACCAUGACACUGAUGGGGAAUGCAAUGUAACACAGCUGGACAGGUAAUCCUGAACAGUUUCCAUAUUUUGGGGGGUGGUUUUUUUUCCUGCUGUGUCAGUCUUAAUGUCAGAUAUUCUUUAUCUCUUAAUUACUGUCUCCUCUUUUCAGGCCUAAUCAAUCCUCCAGAUGCAAGCACUCAAGCUACUGAUGAGAAGAUCCCCAGGACUGGCUGCCCUGAGCUGCAAUUCAGGGGCUCAAGCAGGUGCAAGCAGUGUGCCUGAAUAGCAGGUGGAGUUUGCCUGGGCUAAGGUGAGGAUAAAUCUCCAUGGAGCAUAAAGAUGUGAGGAGGAACAGAGUCAAGACAGUUGCAGGAAGACUUCAGGGCAUAUCAGGGCCCUUUUUGCACACUUCUCCCUGGAGAGGUACUUUGUAUGCCCUCAUCUAACUCUAUUGCUUUGUCUUGGGCCUCACUGGUUUCUAAAGGUAGGUAAGCUUGUAGAUAAGCUUUGGUCUUCUGCUGGGUGUCUCUUCUUUAUUCUCUUGGGCUUUGCUUAUCUGUAAAACAACUAAAUCAUUGCUUUGUCUUCAACUUACCUCUUAGAAUCCCUCCUCUCUUAGCUAUUGCCUGUCUUAUACCUCUUAAGCUUUACAGGAUGUAGUGGAGAUUUUCAUGUGUCCUCCCUGGAAACUGAGUGGAUAGCCUUCCUAUGGCUAUAACCUCUCAGAUAUGUUUGUUUUUUCUCCUAGUGCUAUAAUUUAACAGAGGUUCUUCUCUUAACUUAGCACCCACUGCUCAUUUGCUAUUGCUGACUGCUUCAGGGAUGCUCCUUGUUUUGCAGAGAUUUAUCCUCACCUUGAGCCAGUCGUGCUUCACCUACUUGCCUGGUUUGCUGCAGCCUCUCGGUUGUGAGUAGCAACCUGUCCUGGUGAUCUUUCCAGGAGCUCAAGCUUCCCAGGAGCUUGAGUGCUUGCAACUGUCCUGCUCAAGCAGCUCCAAACAUGGAUAUGAAGCAAAGACAUUUAAAAUAUAACAACAAAAAGCUACUGCAAUUUAAAAAUGGAUGCACUCUCAAUCUCUAAUAAAUAGCUGUCUACUUCUAA